GAACGGCGUGACUAUCAAUUUGGUCAACCAAUUAUGGAAUUAGUCAAGUGACUUCCAUUUAGCCAAAUAGAAAUUCCAUGGCGGUCGCAUUUCUCACAGUCACAGCAGAGUAGUUGAAGUGAGGAAGAGACACUCUCAAGUCUCGGGGUUUCUACUGCCAUCUCCCUCCCACUCUCUCACUUUCGAUCUCUCUGCUUCUCUCAAGAAGAAACUUGAUGGAGAACAGCUCAGGUGAAGAUUCUGGCAUCAGUGAUUCGGAAAUUGAGGAGUAUGUAGAGAAACCAUAUCAAGAACUGAAAUCCGGGAUAUACAAGGUGAAGAAACCAAACGGUACCCUUAGGUGCCCAUUCUGUGCCGGAAAGAAGAAACAAGAAUAUGGAAUGAAGGACCUGUACCAACAUGCCUCCGGUGUUGCCAAGGGUGCUUCCCAUCGAAGUGCUAAACAAAAGGCUACCCAUCUUGCAUUGGCAAGAUAUCUGGAAGUUGAUAUGGGUUUUGGACCCGCACAACCUACUCAAGCUGCUGAUCCCGAACCACAAGUUAGUGAAAAAAGGGAGGAAAUCUAUUGCUGGCCAUGGACUGGCGUUGUUGUCAACAUUGUGAGUGAUGUGAAGACUGGAAAACAAUUGACUGACAAUGGUUUCUGGAUGAAAACUUUCUCCAAGUAUAAGCCUCUUGGGGUUGAAGUUUUUCAUGACGAAAAAGAACAAAUUUCCCAAGCUGUGAUUCACUUUGAGAAGGAGUGGGCUGGCUUCAAAAAUGCAGUGGACUUUGAGAUGUCAUUUGAAUCUGGCCGUCACAGUAAGAAGGAAUGGAUUGCAAAAAAAGGGAAUCUUGGUAGUAGUAUAUACGGAUGGUUUGCCCGGGCAGAUGAUUAUCAUGCAGAGGGCCAGAUGGGAGAGUACCUACGCAAGAACCGAGAACUCAAGACACUUUCAGAAGUUAUGCUAAAGGGAAAACAGGACAAAGAAAAUAUGGUUGUCACCUUGGCUAAUGAGAUUGACAUGAAGAACCAGAAUCUGGAUGAAAUGCAAUCCAAGGUCAAUGAGAAAGCUAUGUCCUUGAGUCGCAUGCUCGAAGAGAAAGACAGACUCCACCAAGCAUUUUAUGAAGAAACCCGUAAGAUGCAGCGGAUUGCUCGGGAUCAUGUUCAAAGGAUAUUAGCAGAACAAGAAAAGAUGAACCAUGAUUUGGAUGCGAAGAAAAAACAACUUGAUUGGCGUACUAGAGAAUUAAGCAAACGUGAGGUCUUAACUGAGCGUGAGCGGCAAAAGCUUGAUGAGGAGAAGCAGCAGAAUGAUGAAAGAAACAACUCGCUGCAAAUGGCUUCUGUGGAGCAGAAGAAAGCAGAUGAAAAUGUGUUGAGGCUUGUUGAAGAACAAAAGAGAGAGAAGGAAGAGGCCUUGAAGAAAAUUCUUCAGUUAGAAAAGGAGCUGGAUGCUAGGCAGAAGUUGCAGUUGGAGAUCGAGGAGUUAAAGGGAAAAUUAGAAGUUAUGAAGCAUCUGGGAGAUGAUGAUGAUGCCGCAGUCCAGAGAAAGAUGAAGGAGAUGACCGAAGAAUUGGAACAGAAGAUUGAUGAUAUGAACCAUCUAGAAGCAAUGAAUCAAACUCUAGUGAUAAAACAAAGGCAGAGCAACGAUGAACUGCAGGAAGCUCGCAACGUGUUAAUCGCAGCUCUAUUGGAAAUGUUGCAAAGCAACCGCACUAAUAUUGGAAUCAAAAGAAUGGGUGAAAUUGAUGAGAAGGCCUUUGUUGAAGAGUGCAAGAGAAGAUUCACUAUAGACGAGGCCUUUUUAAAGGCAAGUGAGGGAUGCUCGUUGUGGCAAGAAAAUUUAAAAGAUCCAGCGUGGCAUCCUUUUAGUAUCAUUGAACGUGAUGGAAAGACUGAGGAAAUAAUUAAUGAAAAUGAUGAAAAAUUGACGAAGCUCAAGGAACAAUGGGGUGAGGAAGUGCACAAAACAGUUACAAUAGCCUUAAAAGAGCUGAAUGAGUAUAAUCCAAGUGGGAGAUAUGUGAUCAACGAACUCUGGAACUACAAGGAAGGACGUAAGGCAACGGUGAAGGAAGUGGUGAAUUAUAUCUUCAAGAAUCUGAAGACUCUGAAGCGCAAGAGGUGAAGUUGCUCACUUGCUCCCUCUCCAGAAAGUCUUUGGGAUUGAUCUCUAGCAAAUGCAAAUAUGCAGUGUUGUUCUGGCCUCCAAUUUUCACCUAAAUGGCAGAUGUAGAGCCAUGACAUUUGUGUAUCAGUCGGUUAAUUUUUCACCCAAUUUCGCGCUAAGCUGGAUGAUUUGUGUAACCAUGAACUUAAUAAAAGUACAUACCAUUCAGACAUUUGUUCAUCUGUUGAUUGUACUCCAUAGGAUUAGUGUAUCCUCUGUAGUUUCUUGUUUCUUGUUUCUUGUUAAGUUCACAUCUUACUGAUUUCUUCUGCUAAUUUUAUGGUGAUUUGCGUA